CUUUUCCAUAGAAGGAGACAGACUUGAUGCGUAGUGCAUCCAUACCACAGACAGGCGACACGCCGCCGCUGACAGAUCCCCCUCGCCCGCGGGCUGCUGCGUAUCACUCUGUGGAGAGCAAUACCCGAGCUUUUAUUAAAAAUGCCGAUAUUUAAGACUCCGGGGAUUUAUUGACUUACGAGAAACAGCAAGGGUAAUCGAUCUCUGGUUCUCUGCUCUUUUUGGCAGCUUUUUCAAGUGCAUGUCCAUUCCAAGAGAAGGUGCGACCGAGUCUUUCUAUUAGCUAUUAUAAAAAAUAAAAAAUAAAAACACGCGAGUUUUCAUCUUUAUCCAGAUCGUGCACGGCGCCAUCCGACUUUGGAAAGAGAGGAGGGUGGAGAAGAAACACUUCCAUACACGGUGAGAAAGGUGGAGGUUUGUUGUCAGCUGAUUGUAAUUCUCCACUCAUGAAGGGCAUGGAGAUGUUGCGCCGCUCCUCAGUGUUCGCGGCUGAAGUCAUGGAGGUGUUUGAUCGUUCUCCCACGGAUAAGGAGUUAGUGUCUCAGUCUAAAGUGUUGUGCAGGGAAUACAUUCACUCCAGACUCCAUCGGGCUGGAAUCGGAUGGUCGAAACCAGAGCACGGAUCCGGAACACUGGCUGAGGUGUCUUCAGUCCUGCUGUGGUUGGGUAGGACAUCUGACGUUUCACUCACAGGAGACGAGCUGGAGUACCUGCGACCCAACGUAUACCGCAACGUAGCACGGCAGCUCAACAUCACAAUCGCCUCUGAGAAUAUAGUCUCUGAUGCCUUUUUGGCCGUCGCUGCAGAAAUCUUCUCUACAGGUGUAACAUGGGGGAAGAUUGUGUCUCUGUAUGCAGUGGCCGGAGCUCUUGCUGUGGACUGUGUUCGGCACGGGCAUCCGGCAAUGGUGCACACCAUUGUCGACUGCAUGGGCGAAUUUGUUCGCAAGAGCCUUGUGUCGUGGUUAAAGAGGAGAGGAGGCUGGGCGGACAUCACUAAGUGUGUAGUCAAUACAGACCCCAGCUUUCGUUCUCAUUGGUUGGUGGCAGCUGCCUGCGCCUGUGGUCACUAUCUCAAGGCCGUGGUCUUCUACCUGCUGAGAGAAAAAUGAAGAGCAGGAUAAACAAGUGACAGACAGCUGAACUCUUCAGCAGGGGCUUCUGGUCACUGCUUAGGCCUUUCACUUCUCUUAAUGUGUUUACACUUGCACAAAGUUUGCACUUUGGUAACCCUUUACAAUAAGGUCUCAUUUGUUGACAUUAGUUAAAUAACUAGUUCAAAUGAACUAACUAUGAACAAUAUAUUUUUACAGCAUUUAAGCUUUGUUAAUGUUAGUUUAUAAAAAUCGAAUUAUUCAUGUUAAUUCAUAGUGCAUAAACUAAUUGUAUUAGUAAAUGUAGGAAUUAACAUUAAGAUGAAUUAAUGCUGUAGAAGUAGGCCUAUUGUUCAUGUUAACCUUAUUGUAAAGUGUCACCCAGUUUAGUUUAAAAGGAUAUUGAGCUCCAAGAUGAACCGUUAUAUUUAAGGUUUUGUUAUGUUUAACCUGGCCUUUUGCACUCUAGGCAUUCCUUGCUGUUACCAUUGUUGUAUUGAACCUAAUGUUGAUAUGCAGAAUAUCCAGGCCAGCGAGAGAGGAAACUAUCGAGACCUUUGAAUUUAUGUGUGAAAGAGAAUGUUCAUGUACUUCGAUUAAUGCUGCCUACCCCAACAUUGUCUUAUCGGAAAGAUUGUUAAUACAUGUUUCAGUGUCUUGAGUGGUUUUGAUGCUCUAAAUGCAGAUUAUUAACAAUCAAGCUUCAAAAAUCCAACUGCAAUCCACAAUGCAGGAAAAAAAUAAAUAAAUACCAGGAGUUAGAAUGUGUUAUUGAGAUCAGUAUCAAUAUUUACCAAGGAAAAACUUUCAAAGUACUGAAUGUAAAUGGCUGUAGGAGAGAUUUGGGUUGACUAAAAAGAUAUAACAUUUCAGUUCAUGCCAUAUUUCAAGUCUGGGCCUGUCACCUAGUACGUCAUAGUGUUGUCUCUGUUUUGUUGUAAUUUAUUUUUGUGUAAUAUUUUCACCUUACAUGUGGUGUUGUUGGUGCGGCCUUGAACAAUUUGUGAGAUAUCAUGGAGCCAUCACUAUAUUAAUAACUUAACUUGGUGUCUUAAAAAUUGUUCAUUGUUUUGUUCUCUUAUAUAGUUCAGUUUAUAUCAAAUUAUUAUGUGAAAACUACACAUUGUUUGUGAAUGCUACACUGAAUGUAUGUAAAAAUAAAAAAUAUAUCCUUUUUUUGUUUUUCCAAAAA